AUGGAUUAUCAGGCAGAACAAGAACAAGAAUUGGAAGUAUUGGAAUCAAUAUAUCCAGAUGAGUUGGAAGUAUUGAAUGCGACUUACCCAGAUGUGAAGUUUAGUGUAACUUUGAAACUAGAAUUGAAUGAUACCACUAUACAUGAUAACGAUUUAUUGAUGUCCUUAAGUAAAAUACAUUUAUUAGAAGUUACUUUCCAACUUCCAGAGAGCUAUCCUGAUAUGGCACCAAUUAUACAUAUUACACCAUUCGAGGAAUCCUUGAAUGAUGAAAGUGAUGAGGAUGAAGAUGAAGAUGAACAAGAGGAUGAGUAUGAUGAACAUGGGAAUAUCGUGUUGAGUAAACUUGAGAAUCUUGCGGACAAUGUUUCAUUUAAGGAUUAUGUAGAUGAAUUGACUUCUACUAUACGUGAGCAAAUUGAUACUGAUAUGUUGCUUGGAAUGCAAAUGUGUUUUGCUUUAUUGUCUACGAUAAAGGAAAAUGCAGAAAAUUGGUUUUUAGAACAAUUAAAUGAAUUAGAUAAACAACAUACUCUAGAAAUUGAAAGACGUGAAGCUCAAGAACAGAAAAAAUUUAAUGGUACACCUGUCACUAAGGAAUCAUAUUUAGAAUGGAGAACUAAAUUUAGAAAAGAAAUGCAUUUGGAUGAAAGAGAUAAAUUAAGAAGAUUAGAUGCACAUAAUGGUAAAUUAACUGGGAAACAAAUGUUUGAACAAGGUGUAGCGGGUACUGUAGAUGAUACAGAUGACGCUGAAGUUGAAUCCAUGACUAAAGAAUUAGAUUCUGUCGAUAUAUAA